AUGAGAUCCCGUGUUGAUGGAAGCAGCAUAAAACUUGUCCGGAGUCUGGCCCAGCUUCUUUUGACGUUGUGCUGUCCUGAGACUGCAGCCGUGCUGAAGCGCACUGUUGAGGCUCUUCUGGAGAGAGGAGCCGUUGUGAGGAACCUAGAAAACCUGGGAGAAAGGUCUCUACCUUACAAAAUCUCCAAGCACAGGGAGCGCCACAGAAGAGGAGGGUAUUUUUUGAUAGAUUUAGAGGGCCCACCUUCGAUUGUAUCGACCAUGAUGGAUCAUUUAGGACGUGAUGUUGAUGUAAUUAGACGUGCUUUUAUAAAGCAUCCUGUAUCAAAGACAGAAGAAUGCAGUGGCAUAAUCCCAGUCAACUAUGAAGAUAAACUAGUAGCCAAGAAGAAGUGAAUAUUCCAGAUAGCAUGUUUGAAACUUUUUUUAAAAAAAAUUCUUUAUUCCUGCUUUGGAAAACAGUUGUGAUAACUAACGUUCAUCAAAAAUAAUCAGUUUUGACCAUGUUGUGUGUGUGGUAUAGUACACUAUCUUAAGUUAUUGUAACACUUGCAGUUUCUUUUUGUUUAAAAUAAUUUGGAUAGACUUAAUCUGUAUGCUUAUCUUGAUAUCUGACAACUCUGAAAAUUGAUUUUCUUUUCUCUUAGAGCAUUACAUUGAUAAUGAAGAUUUAUCCAUCA